UUGUUCAUGUCACAGGUGAUCAGCAGCCAAUGGUUUCUUCUCAGAGUGCAGCUUCCAUAAGUUUUGGGUGGAGGUGAGAAGUUGCCGUCCCCUUCUCCCAACAGGGUUUCCAGUUUCUAAACUUGAUGUCCUCUCCCAGCUGGAAAAAGGGGAAGAGUUCUUUUCCACAGAUCUCCAGGACUCAGAGGAAAGAAAGCUCCCGAGAGGCAGCUAUACAGCAGGUGAGGGGAUGGUGAGAGAGACCAUGGAGCAGAAUCCUCAGCAGGAAGACGAUGAAGUGGAACCACAGGGGGCAUUAUUGCAAAGAUGCACAGGGAGUGUGUCCAGGAGUUGUGAUCAGGGAAAAGCCUGUGAGAGUCAGCACAGGCCAGAGAAGCAGCAGGGAAACCAGCCAAUGCAGAAAGUUGGUAAAUCUGUUAAUUAUCAGGGAACUCACAAAGGCCACGAGGAAACCACGGCCCAGCAGAGAAUCCCCACGGGAGAGAGAAAUAACAUAUGUGUUGAAUGUGGGAAAAAGUUCAGUAGGCAAUCACACCUUGUUAAACAUGAGAGAAUCCAUAAAGGGGAGAAACCCUAUGAAUGCAGAGAGUGCGGGAAAACCUUCCCUCAGAGCUCAGCCCUUAUUAGUCAUCAGAGGAUCCACACUGGGGACAAGCCAUAUGAAUGUUGUGAGUGCAGGAAAACCUUCCUUCGGCACUCUGACCUUAUUAGACAUCAGAGGAUCCACACAGGGGAGAAACCUUAUGAAUGUUGUGAGUGUGGAAAAACCUUCACUGAGCGCUCAAACCUUAUUGACCAUCAGAGAAUCCACACAGGGGAAAAACCCUAUAGUUGCUGUGAGUGCGGGAAAACCUUCUCUCAGAGAUCAACCCUUACAAACCAUCAAAGGAUCCACACAGGGGAGAAACCCUAUAAAUGCUGUGAGUGUGGGAAAAUCUUUGCUCGGAGCUCAGCCUUAAUUAACCAUCAGAGGAUCCAUACAGGGGAAAAACCCUAUAAAUGCUGUGAGUGUGGAAAAACCUUCGCUUGGAGCUCAGCCUUAAUUAACCAUCAGAGGAUCCACACAGGGAAGAAACCCUAUGAAUGCUGUGAGUGUGGGAAAACCUUCACUGAGCACUCAAACCUUAUUAAGCAUCAGAGGAUCCACACAGGGGAAAGACCCUAUGAAUGCUGUGAGUGCGGGAAAACUUUCACUGAGCGCUCAACCCUUAUUAAGCAUCAGAGGAUCCAUACAGGGGAAAGGCCCUAUGAAUGCAGAGAGUGUGGGAAAACCUUCCCUCAGAGCUCAGCCCUUACUAGCCAUCAGAGGAUCCACACUGGGGACAAACCAUAUAAAUGCUGUGAGUGCAGGAAAACCUUCCUUCAGCACUCACACCUUAUUAGACAUCAGAGGAUCCACACAGGAGAGAGAUCCUAUGAGUGCUCUAAGUGCGGGAAAUUCUUCCAUCAAAGCUUAGCCUUUAUUUAUCAUCAGAGAAGCUGCAAGAGAGAGAAAUGCCAUAAAAACCUUGUCUAGAGCUGA